AAACUUGAAGAAAAGGCAAACAUGAGUCUCUCUGGAAAGGACAAGAGUGUGGUGAAGGCUUUCUGGGACAAAGUCGCCCCAAAAUCUGCUGACAUUGGAGGUGAAGCUCUGGGCAGGAUGCUGACUGCAUACCCUCAAACCAAGACCUACUUUUCUCACUGGUCCGAUCUGAGCCCCAGCUCUCCUCAGGUGAAGAAGCAUGGAGCCACCAUCAUGGCUGCUGUUGGAGAUGCUGUGGCAAGUAUCGAUGACCUCACUGGUGCCUUGUCCAAACUGAGUGAACUGCAUGCCUUCAAGCUCCGAGUGGACCCUGCUAACUUCAGGAUCCUCGCCCAUAACCUCAUCCUGGUUAUGGCCAUGUACUUCCCUGCUGACUUCACCCCUGAGGUCCACGUCUCCGUUGACAAGUUCCUGCAGAACCUGGCCCAGGCUCUGGCUGAGAGAUACCGCUAAACAGACCCAGACUUGAUGGAGGAUCGACUGCAUACCACUCUGAGUGUCGUCCCAAAUUCAUUUC